CUCCCACACAAAAUGGCCGCCGAGCUCUCUCACCCGCUCAUCGUGGACGGCUGGUUCCGUGAGAUCUCUGAGCAAUGGCCUGGUCAGGCCAUGACGCUCCGCGUCAAGAAGGUCCUCCACGUCGAGAAGUCGCUCUACCAGGACGUCCUCGUCUUCGAGUCGACCGACCACGGCAACGUCCUCGUCCUCGACGGCGCCAUCCAGUGCGUCGAGCGUGACGAGUUCUCGUACCAGGAGAUGAUCGCGCACCUUCCUCUCGCGUCGCACCCGAACCCGGAGAAGGUCCUCGUCAUCGGUGGCGGCGACGGCGGCGUCCUGCGCGAGGUCCUCAAGCACCCGUCCGUCAAGUCGGCGACGCUGUGCGACAUCGACGAGGCCGUCCCGCGCGUGUCCAAGCUGUACCUCCCGCACAUGGCCGCCGGCUACGACGACCCGCGCGUCACGCUCUUCAUCGGCGAUGGCUUCAAGUUCCUCAACGACUACAAGAACGAGUUCGACGUCAUCAUCACCGACUCGUCCGACCCGGUCGGCCCGGCCAACUCGCUGUUCCAGAAGCCGUACUUCCAGCUCCUCAAGGAGUCGCUGCGCGCCGGCGGCACCAUCUCGACCCAGGGCGAGUGCAUCUGGCUCCACCUGCCCCUCAUCAACGACCUCAUGUCGAUGUCGCGCGGCCUGUUCGCCAAGGCCGAGUUUGGGUGGACCUCGAUCCCGACCUACCCGUCGGGCACGAUCGGGUUCGUCGUCGCGACGCUCGACGGCAACCGCGACCUGCGCACGCCCGUGCGCGACCUCCAGAACUGCCGCUACUGGUCCAAGGCCGUCCACAAGCAGGCGUUCACGCUCCCGACGUUCGCCCAGAAGGUCGUCGACCAGAGCCUGCAGAAGCCGGCGCCGGCCAACGCGUCGCCCAAGAAGGUCCUCCUCCUCGGCUCGGGCUUUGUCGCCCAGCCGGCGGCCGAGUACGUCCUGCGCCGCAGCGAGAACUCGCUCACGAUCGGCUGCCGCACGCUCGCGACGGCCCAGUCGUUUGCGUCGUCCCUGUCGCGCAAGUCGGACGCCAUCGCCGUCGACGCCGCCGACGAGAAGUCGCUCGACGCCGCCAUCUCGGCGCACGACCUCGUCAUCUCGCUCAUCCCGUACACCCAGCACGCCAACGUCAUCAAGAGCGCCAUCAAGUUCAAGAAGGACGUCGUCACGACGUCGUACGUGUCGCCGGCCAUGAAGGCGCUCCACGACGAGGCGGUCGCGGCCGGCAUCACGGUCCUCAACGAGAUCGGCCUCGACCCGGGUGUCGACCACCUGUACGCCGUCAAGACGAUCGACGAGGUGCACCGGGCGGGCGGCAAGAUCAAGGGCUUCGUGUCGUACUGCGGCGGCCUCCCCGCCCCGGCGUCGGCCGACAACCCUCUCGGCUACAAGUUCUCGUGGUCGUCGCGCGGUGUCCUUCUCGCGCUCGGCAACUCGGCCAAGCUCUACUCCAAGGGCGAGCUCGUCGAGGUCGAGGGCAAGGACCUCAUGAACCACGCCAAGCCGUACUACAUCAACCCGGCGUUCGCGUUCGUCGCCUACCCGAACCGCGACUCGACGCCGUUCCGCGAGUUCUACAACAUUCCCGAGGCCGACACGGUCGUCCGCGGCACGCUCCGGUACCAGGGCUUCCCCGAGUUCAUCAAGACGCUCGUCGACCUCGGGUUCCUCAACGAGUCGCCCGUCGACUUCCUCGCCAAGGACGGCGCCGUCGCCCCGACCUGGGCCGAGGUGACGCAGCGUGCGCUCGGCGCGUCGUCGUCGGACGAGCAGGCGCUCGUCGCCGCCGUCAAGGCCAAGGCGUCGUUCCCGUCCGAGGCCGAGGAGCAGCGCAUCGUGUCGGGCCUGCGCUGGAUCGGCCUCUUCUCGCAGGACAAGGUGACGCCGCGCGGCAACUUGCUCGACACGCUGUGCGCGACGCUCGAGGCCAAGAUGCAGUACGAGAAGGGCGAGCGCGACAUGGUCAUGCUCCAGCACAAGUUCGAGAUCGAGAACGCCGACGGCUCGACGGAGACCCGCACGUCGACCCUCCUCGACUACGGCGCGCCCAUCGGCACCGGCGACGCGUCGUCGAUGGCCAAGCUCGUCGGCGUCCCCUGCGGCAUCGCGACCCAGCUCGUCCUCGACGGCGUCAUCUCGCAGAAGGGCGUCCUCGCGCCGUACUCGAUGGACAUUGUCCAGCCCCUCCUCGACGGCGUCGAGGCCGAGGGCAUCACCAUGGUCGAGAAGACGCUCUAGAGUGCUCGAGCCGGCGGUUUCUUCCUUGGUCGUCGCGCAUCGGUGAAACGCACGGGUUGUAUUGAGUCUCGCU